AGUCCCGCUCGCCGCAGCCCCAGCGCCGCGCGCGCCCCUCCCUCCUCGCGGACCUGGCAGUGCCGGCGCCCAGAGUGGCCCUUUAAAAGGCAGCUUAUUGUCCGGAGGGGGCUGGCGGGGGGCGCCGACCGCGGCCUGAGGCCCGGCCCCUCCCCUCUCCCUCCCUCUGUCCCCGCGUCGCUCGCUGGCUCGCUCGCCCGUCCGGCGCACGCUCCGCCUCCGUCAGUUGGCUCCGCUGUCGGGUGCGCGGCGUGGAGCGGCAGCGGGUCUGGACGCGCGGCCGGGGCUGGGGGCUGGGAGCGCGGCGCGCAAUAUCUCCCCGCGCGAGAUCGGCCCCUGCCACCAGGCGAGGCCUGCGCCGCGAUGGCAGAAAUGGGCAGUAAGGGGGUGACGGCGGGAAAGAUCGCCAGCAACGUGCAGAAGAAGCUCACCCGCGCGCAGGAGAAGGUUCUCCAGAAGCUGGGGAAGGCAGAUGAGACCAAGGAUGAGCAGUUUGAGCAGUGCGUCCAGAAUUUCAACAAGCAGCUGACUGAGGGCACCCGGCUGCAGAAGGAUCUCCGGACCUACCUGGCCUCUGUCAAAGCCAUGCAUGAGGCUUCCAAGAAGCUGAAUGAGUGUCUGCAGGAGGUGUAUGAGCCCGAUUGGCCCGGCAGGGAUGAGGCAAACAAGAUCGCAGAGAACAAUGACCUGCUGUGGAUGGAUUACCACCAGAAGCUGGUGGACCAGGCGCUGCUGACCAUGGACACGUACCUGGGCCAGUUCCCCGACAUCAAGUCACGCAUUGCCAAGCGGGGGCGCAAGCUGGUGGACUACGACAGUGCCCGGCACCACUACGAGUCCCUUCAAACCGCCAAAAAGAAGGAUGAAGCUAAAAUUGCCAAGGCCGAGGAGGAGCUCAUCAAAGCCCAGAAGGUGUUUGAGGAGAUGAAUGUGGAUCUGCAGGAGGAGCUGCCAUCCCUGUGGAACAGCCGCGUAGGUUUCUACGUCAACACUUUCCAGAGCAUCGCGGGCCUGGAGGAAAACUUCCACAAGGAGAUGAGCAAGCUCAACCAGAACCUCAACGACGUGCUGGUCAGCCUGGAGAAGCAGCACGGGAGCAACACCUUCACGGUCAAGGCCCAGCCCAGUGACAACGCGCCUGCAAAAGGGAACAAGAGCCCUUCGCCUCCAGAUGGCUCCCCUGCCGCCACCCCCGAGAUCAGGGUCAACCACGAGCCAGAGCCGGCUGGCGGGGCCACGCCCGGGGCCACCCUCCCCAAGUCCCCAUCUCAGCUCCGGAAAGGCCCACCAGUCCCUCCGCCUCCCAAACACACCCCGUCCAAGGAAGUCAAGCAGGAGCAGAUCCUCAGCCUGUUUGAGGACACGUUUGUCCCUGAGAUCAGCGUGACCACCCCCUCCCAGUUUGAGGCCCCGGGGCCUUUCUCGGAGCAGGCCAGUCUGCUGGACCUGGACUUUGACCCCCUCCCGCCCGUGACGAGCCCUGUGAAGGCACCCACGCCCUCCGGUCAGUCAAUUCCAUGGGACCUCUGGGAGCCCACAGAGAGUCCAGCUGGCAGCCUGCCUUCCGGGGAGCCCAGCGCUGCCGAGGGCACCUUUGCUGUGUCCUGGCCCAGCCAGACGGCCGAGCCGGGGCCUGCCCAACCAGCAGAGGCCUCGGAGGUGGCGGGUGGGACCCAACCUGCGGCUGGAGCCCAGGAGCCAGGGGAGACGGCGGCAAGUGAAGCAGCCUCCAGCUCUCUUCCUGCUGUCGUGGUGGAGACCUUCCCAGCAACUGUGAAUGGCACCGUGGAGGGCAGCAGUGGGGCCGGGCGCUUGGACCUGCCCCCAGGUUUCAUGUUCAAGGUACAGGCCCAGCACGACUACACGGCCACCGACACAGACGAGCUGCAGCUCAAGGCUGGUGAUGUGGUGCUGGUGAUCCCCUUCCAGAACCCUGAAGAGCAGGUGAGGGCUGGGUGGGGCCGCCAGAGCACAGGAGGACCACAGGCGUCCUGGCUGUGGCUGGCACCGCCGUGGUGGGGGCAGGCCAGCAGGGGGCAGCAGAGGCCCGCGAGCACCAGGGCUCCCGCGCCAACUGCUCCUCCCCACCCUCCACGUCUGGCUUUUUCCUCUCUCCUUUCCUCUCCUCUCCGUUUGCUCGGCCCCUCUCCUGUAGGCCUCUCUCUCUCCCUGUCCCCAUACCCCCUUCUUCCUGUAGCCUCUGCUUUCUUCUCCCCACGUCCCCCUUUGCUCAGGAGCUCUCAGCUCUGCCUCUGUCUAUCCCCUUCUCCUCUCCUGGCGGCUGUGCCUGAGGCCUGCCUCCCUCCUGGGACAGGAUGCUUGACCCCUCCUGCCCCGCCCACAAGGUGCCCACCCUGCAGCCGGCCGGAGCACUGGUUGGGCUCAUGAAGCCCCGUGUGCCGUCCCUCGAGGCGGGCCCUGCAUUGUGCACGCAGGGCCAUGGGCUUCCCAGCUGUGUCCCCAGCUGAGGCUCACCCACGAUGCCUUCCAGACCCUUCUCCUCCUUCUGUGGCUUCGUGUUAAUCUUCUGGAAGUGAGGGCUCCUGUUGAGCCUGGGCGGGUGCUGUGUCCCUCCUAGGUCUUGGACCCUCCUGGAUCUGGGUCAGUUGCCCCGCCCAGGGGGCCGUGGACUCUUGGCAGGAGCUCCCUGCUGUGUAGAGCCAGCUUUGCUUGUGGGGGGUCGGUGGUGCCAUGUGGGCAUCUGGCUCCCUCCACGGCUCAGCCCCUGAGCACCUUGGGCUGUGCACAGAGGGCCUGGCCGGCUUCUUCCUGCUUCCAGAGAACAUGUUUAGCCAUCAAUACAUCUGUAUGAAUGGGUUAUCAGAGCGGCUGAGGGUGACAGUGGGUCUGUCUGGGUCUUGGAUGAGGCUGACCCUACUGGGAGUCCUGGGCUGGGAUAUAGGGGUACCAGGUACUUACUGAGGUCCGGGGCAGGAGGUCCGAGUGAUGAUGACCUCCUGGGCCUGGCACUGAUUCGGCCCUUUCUCCUAAGCCCCCAGAUCUUCACGGACCUCCUAGUGGGCCAGCCCUGGCUGCGUAGGAUUUCAAGCAGACUCCUACCCAGAGCCCACAAUGAGAAUUGCCCUGGGGCUGCUGGAGGGGGCUCAGAUAGGGCAUGAGUAGGGUCUGUGACCAGGCUGACAAUGACACAGAGGGAAAUAACAAAGACCCAGGGAGGCCCCAGGCACAGCCCAGCUGCAGGGGCAGCCUCGGCCCAGCCACUGGCAGGAGUGGAUGGCCCUACAGCUCCCUGUGACCCACCUGGGGCCAGGGGCCAGGGGCCUGUCAGCACGCCUAGAGAAGGCCCUGCAGGGGUCAGGAUUGAAGCAAAGGGCAAGUUGAAGUUGGAGGGACUGGUGGGAUGGCCCCAAGUCCCUCUAGAACUUAUAACUUGUUAUCACUCCCAAAACUUUCUGGUGUUGUUUGAGAAGCCUGGAAGCCUGGAAGGGCUGAUGUGCUCUGCAUGCACAUCAUGCAUGCAGUGGGACUCACCAAAAUCAGCCACGAAAGGUGAGAUCCACCUGUGGACGACAGGCUGGCUCCUGUGGUGCCUGUGGGCAGGAGCCUCAGCCAGCAGCAUCAGGGAGUGCUGCCUGGAGGAGGUGUUCUCAAGGUGCGCUUGGCAGGCUGAGGGGCCAAGAACAGCAGGAGGAGGGGCCGUCUUCCCAGCAGAUUGGAGUGGGAUGCGUGCCCUGUGGGGUCGAGCCCCUUGCUCAUCCCUGUGCGACCCGGUGCUCUGCCCCUCAGGAUGAAGGCUGGCUCAUGGGCGUGAAGGAGAGCGAUUGGAACCAGCACAAGGAGCUGGAGAAGUGCCGUGGUGUCUUCCCCGAGAACUUCACUGAGAGGGUCCCAUGAUGGCGGGGCCCAGGAAGCCUCCGGGCGUGUGAAGAACACCUCCUCCCGAAAAAUGUGUGGUUCUUUUUUUUGUUUUGUUUUCGUUUUUAAUCUUCUGAAGAGCAAAGGGAAAUCAAGAGGAGACCCCCAGGCAGAGGGGCGUUCUCCCAAAGAUUAGGUCGUUUUCCAAAGAGCCGCGUCCCGGCAAGUCCGGCGGAAUUCACCAGUGUUCCUGAAGCUGCUGUGUCCCCUAGUUGAGUUCCUGGUGCCCCUGCCCGUGCCCGCAUGUGUGCCUGGCCGCAGGGCGGGGCUGGGGGCUGCCCAGCCACCAUGCUUGCCUGAAGCUUCGGCCGCGCCACCCGGGCAAGGGCCCUCUUUUCCUGGCAGCUGCUGUGGGUGGGGCCCAGACACCAGCCUAGCCUGGCUCUGCCCCGCAGAUGGUCUGUGUGCUGUUUGAAAAUAAAUCUUAGUGUUCAAAACAAAAUGAAACCAAAAAAAAUGAUAAAAACUCUCAGAAAA